UGCGCUGGUCGUCGGGGAUCUUUGUUUUUACUUGGAAAGCGGUAUUCGUUUAUGAAAAUAUCAUAUCCAAUUUUAUUUUUGUGAAGGUCAACUCACAAGCAAUUUCUCUCUCUUGUUUUUGUUACUUGAAAGGGUGGAAAGCCCGUUAAAAAUGGUUGUUGGUGAACGAUAGAAGUUACAGUAUGUCGAAGUAGAUGACAUUCUUCUUGGCAGCACACCAGAUAAGACUUGCUCUACAGAGGAAUUUACGAGAACACUGAGAGGUCAACGUGUGCGCUUGUUCCAUGCUGUCACUUCAUAUCUUUUUUCUUCCUUCAUACCUGUCUCUCCGGGAGAUAAUAGUGCAGAGGCCUUAAGAAACAAGCGAUCCUUUGGCCAUUUCGAGCGGGACUUCAACCGCCUUUACCGUUGUACCUACCGGAAAAACUUUGCACCUUUGUAUUAUGGGACAAAGAAAGACUGUCACAUUCAUAAUAAUGGAAAUGGAGGUUGUAGGCAGGACUAAAAAGCGUCGUGGCUGGGAGGAUAGGAGACGCAAGUAGUGCCGUCAACAAGAUAUAAUACAGUUGUUGUGAUGUGUCUCUUUCACUUUCACUCAAUCGUAAGAUCAAAAGUAAAGUGAUAUGAUUGAUCUUAUGGAGAAAUCCUAAAUAUAUUUCUACCUUUUUUUUUCAUUCAGUCCGCGAGUACUCGGAGGACAGUAUAGUAGCAGUGGAGACGGACGCUGGGUGGGGAUGCAUGAUUCGAGUGGGGCAGAUGUUGUUAGCCAACCUGAUGCAACGUAUGAAAGGAAAAGGUGUACUCAUAGUACUCAAGAAUAGCAUUCAAGAAAGGAAAAUGUGUACUCAAGAAAGGAAACGUACUCAAGAGCUGUUUCCCACUUCUGAAUUUUGCUUAAUAACUGCUUGAGUACGAGUAAGCUCUUCCCUGUCACACAACGGGAGUUGUUACUAGAGCAACGCGUCGACGCGCUGAAAAUCCUGCGCUAUUUCCUAGAUCGGCC